AUGUCACUGUCGAACAUCGCCGUCGAGGUGCCUCGCCCGGUCAAGCGUCAACGUCGGUCCAGUAGCCGUCUCGACAGCCGCGCCUCCACAUCCACAUCGGGCAGCAGAGACACGCCGGCAACCUCGCGCUCGCCCACCCCCACCACCCCCUCGCGUCUGGAUCGCUUCCUCACAUGGUGUGAAUCGCAGGAUAUCCACAUCGAGCCCUGCCUGGAUCUUCGCUUCACCGGCGAUGCGCUGAGCUGGAGCAUCGCCGUUCACGCGCGGACCGCCAUCGACAACGAUACCGUGGUAGCAACAAUUCCCAAGACCGCCGUUCUCUCCCGCAAGACCUCGGCCCUUUCGUCGGUGCUCAAAGGCAAAUGGCUGAGCGAGUCGCACGAGACGGUAGGGUUGGAGCUGGCGCUCUGUCUGCUGUACGAGCGGUGUCUUGGCACCAAGUCGCAAUUCGAGCCGUUCAUCGGGAUCCUUCCGCGGCUGUCGGUGCCUCUGCCUUUUCUGCGUGACGAGUCACCGGACUCACCUUGGAGGUGGCUAGCCGGCACCGAGGCAGACCGUAUCGAUCGCCGAGCUGCUCUCUCCUACCACCGCUCAUUCUCCUCCCAUUGGCCGUACGAUCACGACUACGGCAUGUGUAAGCAGAAAACGCUCGACUACUUCCACAAUGUCGGCAUCCCAGUGCUCGCACGGAGCAAGCUCUUCGACCGCACCCAAAAGCAGCACCUUGACGGCCUGGAGGGCGCGUUCUUGACAGCAUACACGCACGUCAGCUCGAGAGACUUCAUCGUGGAUACCUAUCACGGGGUUGGGCUGGUGCCCGUGGCGGAUCUGUGGAAUCAUGCCGAAGUGCAUACGGUGCAGUUUGAGUCGGAUCAGGACGUGUGCGAGGUGUGCGGCGUGGCGCUGCUGACGGGGCAUGAUGAAGAGGCAUGUCGGCUUGGCAUGCCCGCUGACGCCGACGAGACGGAAGAGCGCGAGGAAGAAGGUGACGAGACGGAUGGAAACGAGGCGGAGCUUGCUGGAGAUGAACUCGAGGAAACAAGUUCUCGCAAAGACUCGGACGUCGAGCCAUCAACGGAUCCCGCCGAAGGGGUCGACGGCGACGACAUCGAACACAACGACACGCUCGACAUGCGCACAUUAACGUCUCACGCUCCAGGCGACGAGAUGUACAACACCUACGGUGCGCUCACCAACGCCCUCAUGCUGACACGCUACGGCUUUUGUCUGGACACCGAGACGGAUGUAGAGCGAUUCACGCUCGAUCUCAGCUUCGCUGAUGAGCGGAAGGCUUUCUUGGAAGCGUUCAUCAAUUCUCCGUCUGCAUUCAAGAAAGUCGGUGCGGUGUCAGCAGCACUGAAGAGGGUCCUUGCUUUCGUCGCCGCGAAAUAUCCGAAAGAGGACGAGGCGGAAGAGGAGGAAGAGGAGAACCAGGAGGAUAUCGAUCCCGAAGCUCGACAAGAGAGCGUGGCAAUCGACGCACUGUAUCGCCUGGACGAGCUGAUACCCUCCCCACCCCCCGACUGGCUCGCAACCGCCUUCUGCCCGCUCUUUCGCCACAAUCCAGCGCUCAACGAGGAGCUGGACGAAGACCUGGUGGACCGGGACCACGUCCAUCCGCUGUUCGCCUCGUCCACCGGUCAAAUCAGUCGCCCGCUCUUGCUGCUCACUCUUCUCAUCCACAGCGCUCAUGCGUCCGCGGAGGGGAAGGUGUCCCCGAAACCGACGGACUGGAAGCUGCGAUCGAAGCUGAUGCAGCAGGCGCUCCAAACGCUGCAUGCGUUUUGGACCGCUCGUCUGGCCCGACUUGACAUUACGCAGAGGGUGGAGGAUGCCCUGCAGCGAUUGAGCGAACCGGCGGUGGAGUACAUCGAAAAGGCGUGCAUCCAGCAUGCCUAUCAGGAGCACGUCGCUGUCAAGGGGGCAGUCGCCCUUCUGGAAGAUCUCAUCUCAUGA